CUCGCUUUUUUCUUUUCAUUGCCCUGCCCGCAUUUGUCCAUUCACUCCCACAACAAGGAAAAGUGUCAAGGGAAUAUUUUUUCAUGCGACUGUAAGCGAGUCUGCUUAAAUACAAUAUCACACACUUAGACCUACACUUGUUUGGAGUACUUGAUUCUCUUACAUAUUGGAUUACUUGAACGAGCAACCUACUCAGUACAUGCAUAGCGGAGGGACUGACUAUCCGAGCCUAUUCUUUGCAAUGUACAGCAAAAGUACGCUGAUGGGGACUUCAUUCGAAUAGGAUUAUCAAAGAACGCGACCAAUUUUGCGGACAGCAGACAACACCACCACUACACCAUCACCUUUCGGCGCACUGUUCAAAGGCAAUCCCCUUACAGAUUAAUUGAAGUUUAUUUCCAAGCGUGUCGUGUGAAGAGCAAAGGAGAUGGGGCAUCCUCCUCUGGAGUUUAGCGACUGUUAUUCGGAUAGUCCUGAUUUUAGAGAGAGAUUGAAAUGUUACGAACAAGAACUGGACAGAACCAGCAAGUUUCUUAAGGAAGUGAUCAAAGAUGGGAAUAGUGUUAUAAGCACAAUAAAGGGAUACUCCUUGGCUGUUCAGAAGUUUUCACAGACUCUUCAGUCAUUCCAGUUUGACUUCAUCGGGGAUACACUGACCGAUGAUGAAAUCAACAUUGCUGAGUCAUUCGGUGAAUUUGCUGGGCUGCUCCAGGAAGUGGAAACUGACAGGAUGAUGCUGGUUCAGAAUGCCUGCGACCUGCUCAUCAAACCUCUGGAGAAAUUCCGCAAGGAGCAGAUUGGCGUGACGAAGGAACGAAAGAAGAAGUUCGAGAAGGAGAGUGAGAAGUAUUACUCUCAGCUGGAUAAACACGUCAACCUCUCUGUGAAGAAGAAGGAAACUCAGCUUCAGGAGGCAGAUGAACAGCUUGAUAAGGAGAAGCUGAACUUCUAUGAGUCUUCUGUGGAAUAUGUCUACCAGAUCCAACAGGUGCAGGACAGGAAGAAGUUCGAUGUGGUUGAGCCGGUGCUGGCAUUCCUCCAGAGUAUCCUCACCCUGAACAACCUGACUGUCGAAAUGACCCAGGACUUUCUGCCCUACAAACAGGAACUGCAGCUCAGCCUACAGAAUACACGUAACCACUUUGAGAGCACUCGAGACUCGAUGGAGGACCUGAUGAAGAGAAUGAAGGAGCCGUCUCAGAUUGGCAAGAUGCACGGGCAGGCCACAAUCCAAGGCUACCUCUACGUCCAGGAGAAAUGGGCUUUGGGGGUGACUUGGGUGAAAUACUACUGCAAGUAUCUCAAAGACAACAAACUUUUUGAUAUGGUGCCCGUUGAACAGAAGACUACAACCAAACAGACUCCCUCUAAGCUCACCCUGAAGUCCUGCAUCCGCCGGAAAUCCGAGUCCAUCGACAAGCGUUUCUGCUUCGAAAUAGAAAUCGUAGAGAGGAAUAGCCCCCUGACUCUGCAGGCAGUGUCAGAGGAUAACAGGAAACAGUGGAUCGAGGCUAUGGACGGGAAAGAGCCAAUUUACCAUUCUCCAAUUCAAAAACAAGCUGAAAUGGAGCUGAACGAGGUUGGAUUCAAGUUUGUUCGAAAGUGCAUCAACUUCGUGGAGACCAAAGGCGUUACCCAGGAAGGGUUAUACAGGACAGUUGGCAGCAACAUCCAGGUCCAGAAGCUACUGAAUGCUUUCUUCGACUCAAAGUGCCCCGGUGAUGUGGAUUUCAACAGCAGUGACUGGGACAUAAAAACUAUCACCAGCGCCAUGAAAUUUUACCUUCGGACUCUGAGUGAACCAUUGAUGACUUAUGGCCUCCACAGCAAACUCAUUUUAGCUGCAAAAUCAGAAAGUCUGGAUUUCCGGUUGGGCACGAUCCACUCCCUGGUCUACAAACUGCCAGUGGUGAACCGCGAAAUGCUGGAACUCCUCAUUCGCCAUCUUCUCAGUGUGUGUUGUCACUCAGAGGAAAACUUGAUGACACCUUCAAACAUGGGUGUGAUCUUUGGCCCUACACUGAUGCGGGCAGAGGAAGAGACAGUGGCGGCCAUGCUGGAAAUCAAGUUCCAAAACAUUGUCGUAGAGAUCCUCAUUGAUGACUUCAAGAAGAUCUUCAGUGGCCCCCCAGAGGAGAGCUCUGCCCCCCCAGUGCCUCCCCCGAGAGCUGUCCCGAGGAAGCGGCAGCCCAUCACCAUCUCCAAGCGCACUCCGCGCUCCUACCCCGCCUUACAAAUGCCCAACGCAGAGUUGAGGGAGCUGAAUGGCAGUGCCCACAAUGGCGUAGAGUCGGAGGGGGACCUGCACCCCAGCAGCCCUACCCCACCGCAGAGAACCAAGCUUGUUCCCCCUUCCUGCUCUCCGCCCUCUAUCCCUUCCUCCUGCCAUCCUUCCUCUGUCCCUGCGUCCUCUGGCGCCCGUCUUCCGCUCCCACUGAAACCCACCCCCACGCCCCGACCGCAGGACUGGCACUCCGACAGCGACGUUGCCAAGAUGGUUGCUAGGCUGCAAGAUGGAGGCCAUCGAACCGACACCACGGGGAACGGGGAGUCGGGAGUGGCGGUCGGCCGUGCGCAGUCCUUCCAGGGCAAGAAGCCCCUGCCACGUGGAGCCCAAGAAGGAAACGGUGAGAGCUUAAUGAAAGGACGGUCGUUCUCCGAGAAACACUCCAUCUGCAGGCCCCCGACCAGACCCCCCGACCCACCCAAUCGGACACCCACCAGACCUCUCUCCUCUCCCACCAGCGAAGACUCUCGUGCAUCUUAUGUGGCCUCCAAGACAAAGUUUUUUGAGAAUGCAUCACGACAGACGGGAGGGUCAACUGUCCCUUCCCCGACAUCUGAGAAUUCCAAAUGAGAUUACUAGCUCCCUCUAUAUUCAACUGGUUCUGAAGAAGAAUAAGCCCCCCCCCCCCCCCUACACACACCACUGCUUUUCCAGCACUUUUGCAUUUAUCUUGUGCCUGUUGUGUUGCUUGGAAACAGUUUACAAACAGUUCUAUUAAUAGCUAUUUUUUUAGAGAGAGAGAGAGAGAGAGAGAGAGAGAGACCUUCCUGGCCUUACCUUUCAGUGAUAGCAGUGUGUGUCAUAUAAGUUUGUAAGUAAUGUAAACGUGAUGGGGCUCCUACCACGCCUGCAUUUACAAAUGUUACCUAAAGAGAGAAAGUAGAGGAACGGGGGGGGGGGGUGCCGUGAUACUCACUUAUCAUUCUCUCUGAAGCACAUCUCAUGGAGGAAUCAGACUGCAGAAUAAGUACUCGUUUAAACUUCAACCUAUACAUGCGUUUACCUGUGUGUUUGUGGUUGUGUGUGUGUGUGUGUGAGAGAGAGAAAGAGAGAGAGAGAGAGAGAGAGAGAGAGAGGGAUAAAGACUAUAAAGACUAUAGAGUCAUAAUGACUCAGUCUCUAAGAGGUGCAACAGUAUUCUCCAGUGGCAUCACCACAUAUGUUGAUGGUACUGUGGUCAGACUAACACUUUGGUUUGUUUUCUUUUCAUUUUGAGUUUUGUGUAGCACUCGUGACAAGUGUUUUGCUUUGGGAUUUCAUAUAAUUUCAUCUGACCUGAUGGCCUUGGUGUAGAACUUUCUUGCAUAAGCUUUUUACAAAUGUUUACUUACUGAAUGUCUUUUUUUGUGAAUUUGAAAUGUGAAAGGUGCAAAGGGUGACAGAGGGAUCAAGAUGUGGAAUUCUUGAACAUCAGACAUUUUGGGAAUAUUUUAUUUAUUUGUAUUUUGUGGUGAAAAAAAAAAAACCGUUUUCCUCAUUUGUUUUUAUCCUUUAGUUGUCUCUUGUGUUACAGUGAGAGGCCUCAUUUAUGGACAUUCCUAAGUGUCUUCCUGUUUGUGUGUUUGAAUCUGGGUCACUUUUGUCUGCUUGAUGUUUACAGAAAUAGUAAAGAACGCAUCUCCCUGUGCACUAAACUGGCUCUUCUCACCACUACAAUGCAACACUCAUGUUAAAUGUAUGUACGAAUUGUCUUGAAUGUACUGCAAGAAAAUCAGAAGGAAAACAUUUUUAUACCAAAUAAAGUGGUCCAAGUGGUC